ACCGUCUGCGCCUCCGCAGACCACCGUCUCCCCUCCUUCCCCGCCGCGACUACCGACGCGUCGAGCCAUUCGCUCAGCCCGUUGCAGCCAGCAGCUUGCUACUUGCGAGGACGUUGUGUCCUCUCUUUUGGACUUGAGCAUGCUCCAGGCUCGUCAGGAGCGACUCACCCUCUAUGUCGCUGCAUUGUGUCGCCUUCUCGCCAUCCUCUCUGACCCUGAUCGCACCCUCCCGAUCAUCCCAGUACGACUCGGGACCUCCACGAGGGUGUACUCAGCUCUAUGGGAUUCCGGUUCUCAGGGCGACUUCAUUCACCCACGAGUGGUGAAGGAAGCCCGCUUACCCACGACAGGGCCUCCGACUCUCAUCUCCGUUACCCUAGGGGAUGACAAGACCCAGUGCUUCUUCGAUCAGACGGUCACCGACCUCCCCUUCUUCCUCACUCUCGAGCCGACUGAUCGUUCCCCGGCAUCUCGUCGCCACCGCUCCUCUGCACAUUUCGAUGUGAUGGAGAUGGGGUACGACUUCAUUCUCCGCACUCCAUGGUCUCGUCGGUUCCGCAGCACCGAGGCUGAUUGGGCGACCAACACUCUCGUUCUCAAAACGAAAUGUGGACAGACGUAUCGCGUACCUUUCAUAGGUACCACGGCGAUAUCACGCCCCGAUCCUCCUUCCCCGGAGCCUUCAGUGCCUGCACCAUCCCCCUCUAUCACUGUCACCUCGCCUCGGCAGUUCGCUCACUUCAUUCGACAGGACGACAUCACCUUCUUUAUGGUGGACGUGACAGAUCUCUUACACUAUAAUCCACCCUGUCCCGAUACCGAGCUCAUCCCUCUGGAGCCAGAUCCUCUCUCUAUCUCCAUGGCUCCCAUCUCUACUUCCGUCCCUCCGCCGUCCGUCGAGUCCACCCCGCCGUCGGGCGUUGACGCUGACGCUGAGGAACUCACACGAUAUACGGCUGACCUGGAGCCCGCAGUUCGUAACCUCAUCCAAGAGUACCACGACGUUUUCCCAUCGUCGUUCUCGUACGCCCGCAUCCUACCGAUGCGUGACGUCGAGCACUCCAUUCAGCUUGUGCCUGACUAUCGUGUUCACCACCAGGCACCCUACAGACUCUCGAUUCCCGAGGCCACCGAACUCAAGCGGCAGCUUGAGGAGCUCCUGAGACUGGGUUUCAUUAAACCCAGCAACUCCCCGUGGGGUGCACCCGUCCUCUUUGCUCGCAAAGCGGAUGAAACUCUCCGUCUCUGCAUCAACUAUCGCGGUCUCAACCGCUACACGGUUAAGAACAGCUACCCCAUGCCUCGUUCCGAUGAGCUGUUCGACCGCCUAGCAGGCAACCGCUUCUUUACGAAGAUUGAUCUUCGUAGCGGUUACCAUCAGAUCCGCGUCGCUGCAGCCGACCAGCCGAAGACAGCGUUCCGAUCGCGCUUCGACCACUACGAGUUUACGGUGAUGCCAUUCGGCCUCACCAAUGCACCCGCCACCUUCCAAAGGGCGAUGAACGACAUCUUCAGGGACAUCCUGGAGCAGUACGUUCGCGUCUACCUCGACGAUAUCCUGGUCUACAGUCGUACCCUUGAGGAGCACCUCAGACACCUCCGCGACGUCCUUGACCGCUUGCGCAGACAUGGCUUCUAYGCCAAGCUGAGCAAGUGCCGCUUUGCCCAACACAAAGUGGAUUUCUUAGGACACUACGUGUCUGACCAGGGUCUCCACAUGGACGACGCGAAGAUCACUGCUAUUGCAGAGUGGCCCGCCCCCACAUCCGCCAAUCAGCUUCGCAGCUUCCUAGGCCUGACCAGCUACUAUAGUAACUUCAUUCGGAGAUACGCUAGGUAUUCCUACGUCCUUACCUCCACCCUCCUUCGGAAGAACCUACCCUGGGCUUGGACGCCCAUCCACGAGGACGCCUUCCGUGCCCUCAAGAAGGCGGUGACAUGCGCACCAGUUCUUCACCUACCCGAUUUUGACCGCCCUUUUAUCCUUACCACCGAUGCGUCAGACUUCGCUGUAGGAGCAGUGCUUUCUCAGCUACGUGUCCGAGCAGUAGCAGAGUUCCAUGACCAGGCAGYUGCCGGUCAUAUGGGCUUCCACAAGACGUUGGCUCGUGUGAGCCGCCUGUACGUGUGGCCGAAGCGCAAGGACUUUGUGAAGGACUACGUCGCAGAGUGUCCGACCUGUCAGGAGGUGAACAGUGCGAACCACUUGCCUUAUGGUUUGCCCCAGCCUCUUCCUAUCCCUGAGGGUCGUUGGCAGUCCAUCUCGAUGGACUUUAUCCGUCCUCUUCGUCCUCCGACCCCUCGCGGUCAUGAUGCUAUCCUGGUCGUCGUCGACCGCUUCACGAAGCGUGCACGCUUUGUUCCGUGCCGCUAUGCCAUCAGUGCACGUGAGGUCGCCGACAUCGUGUUCGACCGAGUCGUGCGUGACCACGGCUUACCUCUGAGCAUCAUAUCUGACCGUGACCUGCGCUUUACCAGUCGAUUCUGGCGACGGCUCCUCGAGGUAUACGACACUCAGCUCUGCUUCUCCUCGUCUUACCAUCCUCAGACUGAUGGUCAGACCGAGAUCACGAACAAGACUCUCGGAAAUAUUCUUCGAAAGAUUGUUCGUGACGACCAGCAGUGAGAUCUUCAUCUUCCCCACGCGGAGAUAGCCUACAACCACGCCGUCUCGCCAACCACGGG